GCUGAUCAGGCCUCCUGGAAAGGGAGGAAGAGGGCCCUAGCUGGAGAGAUCCAUCAGCAGAAGCCAGGGAGGAGACACAGACCCUUGCUCCCUGACGCUCCUCAGGGCCAGCAUGGGGCAGGAGUUUAGCUGGGAGGAGGCAGAGGAAGCUGGCGAGAUAGAUGUGGCAGAGCUCCAGGAGUGGUACAAGAAGUUCGUGAUGGAGUGCCCCAGCGGCACACUCUUUAUGCAUGAGUUUAAACGCUUCUUCAAGGUCACAGACGAUGAGGAGGCCUCCCAGUACGUAGAGGGCAUGUUCCGAGCCUUCGACAAGAAUGGGAUCACUCUGGACUAUGUCUCAUAUAAGGCAAGGAGUCAUGGAAACUGAAUCAUGUUGAGAGGNNNNCUGGAGCACAAGCUGAAGUGGACCUUCAAGAUUUAUGAUAAGGACGGCAAUGGCUGCAUCGACCGCCUGGAGCUACUCAACAUUGUGGAGGGAAUUUACCAGCUGAAGAAAGCCUGCCGGCGAGAGCUACAAACUGAGCAAGGCCAACUGCUCACGCCCGAGGAGGUCGUAGACAGGAUCUUCCUCCUGGUGGAUGAGAAUGGAGAUGGCCAGCUGUCUCUGAACGAGUUUGUUGAAGGUGCCCGUCGGGACAAAUGGGUGAUGAAGAUGCUGCAGAUGGACAUGAAUCCCAGCAGCUGGCUCGCUCAACAGAGACGGAAAAGUGCCACGUUCUGAGGGGUCUGGGGCCCCUGCAUGACUCCAGGCUCACCCAGGUUUCCAGGGUAGUGGAAGGGUCCCUGGCUCAGCCUGCUCAUGCCCACUCGUCCCCUGGUGUGGACUUCCUGGCACCCCCUGUGCAGGGCUGAGUGGGGAUGGGGACGGGCUGCUGGGUCUGAAGUGGCCAACAGGGCAUAGUCCAUUUUGGAGGAUUCCCUGGGAUGGUGAAGGGAACUGGGUUACUUUUCCCGUUCAGCUGUUCCCGGGAGAACUAUGCCUUGGCUUGGUGGUUGUGGGGCUCCCACAGUUUCUAGGUGUUCUCAGUUGGAAGCAGGAGCCAACUGAGGGGUGAGGGUCCCACAGACCAAAUCAGAAAUGAGAACAAAAAGACUGGUAGGAGGCAGGGGUGGUAGGGUGUUGAGACUGAAGAAAAGGCAGGAGU